GCGAGGAAUUGUAUUGCACCAGAUCAAUAAUUGAGGGGGGCAGUUUGAAAAGUUAAACGAGGGAGGGAGACUUGAGACUUCACUCUCGCCACACCUCUCGUCCGGCCUCCAGGGUCCAGCGCCCUUGCAUUUCCGGCUCCGCUGCCGGAAACCAAGACACGCCGACCGCCUCCAGUCACCGUCGGCCGUCCCUGACCUCCAGCCGCUGAACGCCGUCCGGACCUCCAUCAGCCGAGCACCUUCCACCAUCUCCUGACCUUCAGCCGCCGGAUUUGACCUGACCCUCACCGGUUUCUGCCAAGCAAAUCGCCGGACGACUUAAUGGCGGAUCCGGUGUCCGCUGCGGUCGCUGUUGGGUGGGCCAUGAAGGCCGCUGGGUGGGUCGCCUCGCCCAUCAUCUCCGAGCUUUACAAGAAAGCCUCCUCCCUCCUCAACUUUGAUGCAUCGCAGAAGCUCAAGGAACUCGAGCCAAAGAUUUUGCUUCUGGAGCGCGUGAUGGAAAUAGUCGAGGAGAGCCCUUACAGGCCUCGUCUGCAGCAGCUGUUCAACGAUCUUAAGUCUGCUUUCUACGAAGCAGAGGACAUCUUGGAUGAUGUUGAGUAUUACCUCCUAGAGAAACAGAUACAAGAUGACUAUCGCAAGUUAGAGGUGGCCGCGCCUCGACGCAACAAGAAUCAUGUGAAGAAGCUCUUGACGUCUGCCAAGAAAAAGUGCAACUUCCUGAAAGACAAGGAGUGUGGCAUGUCAAAAAUCGAGUUGAAGCAGAGCCUAGAGAAAAUAGAAAAGGUCAUAAAUGAUGCAUGUGGAUUUUUUGAACAGAUGAACUUGCCAAACAAAAGUAAUGCUAAUUUGAGCAAACCUGCCAACUCACGAGGUGCGGUCACUACGGCGAGGCCUCCACCUCUGGUAAUCGGAAGAGAUAAAGAUUGUGAUAGCAUAGUUGCAAUGCUUCAUGAUAAGGAAGAAGAUGCUCAACCAGACACCAAUAGGGCUCAAUGUUAUUCCGUAAUCGGCAUUCAUGGCAUCGGUGGUUCUGGAAAAUCAACCCUUUCACAACUUGUUUGUGCUCGUGAGGAAAAGGAUGGUCAUUUCAACCUUGUUAUGUGGGUUCACGUUUCGCAGGAUUUUAGUGUGGAUACCAUUUUCAGGCAGAUGUCUGAGGCCGCUAGCAGGACCCCGUGCCCUCAGUUCAAUAAUCUUGACACCUUACAGACUAAUUUGGAGAAGAAACUGCAUGGAAAACGGUUCCUCUUGGUACUAGAUGAUGUUUGGUACAAUAAUAGAGAUGUGAGGCAGUAUGAGAAGCUGCAACAGAUACUUUCACCGCUGAACGCUGGAGAGGCAGGAAGCAAGGUCCUGGUGACUAGUCGAACUAAAGACGCAUUGAUAGCUCUGGGUGCUGCAGAGCAUAGAUGUAUUCCCAUGUCAGUCCUAGGUGAAGAUGUCUUCCUGAAAUUGUUCAAGCACUAUGCAUUUCACAACGUGUGCGUUGCUGCUGAUGACCGAAAAAGACUCGAAGACAUUGCGACUCACAUUGCAAAAAAGCUGAAGGGAUCACCUCUGGCGGCCAAAAUUGUUGGAGGGCAGCUACGUAUGAGGCCAAACAUUGAUUACUGGAGAAGUUCCCGAGAUGGAAACCACUUGGAUGACACCAUGGGAGCUCUGUGGUGGAGCUACCAACAUCUUGAUGAACAGGUCAGACGAUGCUUUGCUUACUGCAGUAUUUUUCCUCGAGGACGUUACUUGGAACGACAUGAGUUAGUUAAGCUUUGGGCUGCAGAAGGGUUUGCUAGAAGUAGCAAUGAAGGGAAGGAUUUGGAAGAUGUUUGCCAGGGAUACUUUGAUGAACUAGUGUCAGCCUCAUUUCUGCAAUCUGAAGUAAAGAAGUACUCCAGUAAAAAGGAUACUUAUAUAGUUCAUGAUCUGUUGCUUGAUUUAGCAGAUAAGGUUGCUGGAAGUGAUUGUUUCAGAAUAGAGAAUCAAUGGAAACAGAUAGGAGAUAGCUUGGUAAUGGAAGGAUGUGAAGAUGAAGUUCCCCCAGACGCUCGCCAUCUUUUUGUUCAGACCUAUGGUUCAGAAUUGAUAAAUGAGAAGAUAUGUAAAUUGGACAAGCUGCGCACUCUCAUCAUUGAUGGCGUAGAUGACAGAAAACAAGUUGAGGAGAAAGUCGUCAAGAGUCUGUUUGUGAGGCUAAAGAAGUUGCGGGUGCUUAUCAUACCUGUCUAUAAUGAUCAAGGUACAUUUUCAGUCCCAGAAUCUAUUGGUCAGCUAAGGCAUCUACGGUAUCUACGGCAUCUUCGUUUUGAGACUAGAUACGGCAAGAAGCUGGUUUUACCAAGCACUUUGAGCAAGCUUUACCACAUGCAGGUUCUAGAUUUUUUUGAUAUUCAAAACUUGGUGUUCAGCUCGCGUGAUGACAUGUUUAGCCUCAUCAACUUGCGACAUAUGGCCGGAAUGCCGUUUCUGAAAAUUCCAAGAGUUGGCAGGAUGACAUUGCUUCGAACGCUGCAAAAAAUUAUAGUGGGAAAGGAACAAGGGUGCGAGUUAAAGCAACUCGGCGGCCUAAACCAGCUUCGCGGCAAACUGAGUAUCGCGGGCCUCGAAAACGUCGAGACCCGGCAGGAAGCCCUUGAAGCCAAGCUGGGCGACAAAGAAGGGCUCACGGCAUUGGAACUGUGGUGGUGUCAUGAUACGAGAGGAGAGUUGAAGAAACAGGAGGCUCAGACAGAGGUGCUGGAGGGUCUCUGCCCACCCAAGCAUCUCGAAUCACUGUCGAUCUACUCCUACCAUGGCUUGAGAUACCCGAGCUGGAUGAUGGGCCAGCACGACGGCGGCCCAAAGUAUCUGAACGAACUCAGCCUCAACCAUUCCAGCACAGAGCUUGGGCGAGUGCUUGGUGGGUUCUGGCCUCACCUCCGUUCGUUCCACAUGUACCGUUGCAGCUCGUCCACCAUGCCGGAUCACAUGGAGCACCUGACGUCGCUCACGCACCUGGACCUCAACUGGUGCCCGAACAUUCGGUCGCUUCCGACGCUGCCGCGGUCUCUUGAGUACUUGAGUCUCUUCUUCUGCAAUGAGAUGCUGAUGAGUGCGUGCAGAAGAGCUGGAGACCCCAACUGGGAAAAGACUCAGCACAUUCCUUAUGUAUGUGUCAACGACUUAGAGUCGACAGAAUGGAUACGGACAGCCCAUGUAGAUGGCGGCGGCUCUUCAUCAUCAUCAGCGCCCAAGACUCCCUCGAGCGUGGAGGCAGUGUGAUCCUUAAACCUGCCUGCCAAUAAUAUACCUCGUCUAUUGUACUAGUAGUAUGUUGCUGAGUUUGCGAGUCAAGUGGCGCUGCUGCGUCAUCAGCCAGCUACACGGUGCAGAAUUUGAUGAUCCUUGUCAACAAAGUGCGACUAUGCCUGUAAUAUAUAAUGCUGUGAAACCAUAAACGCUGAGCUUGCGUAUUUCCGAUGGUUUGUAAUACUAUUGCACGAGAGAUAGAUGCUCAACAUCCACAUUUAUUUGUUUCCGAUUGGUUUACAGUGAACUGCUUGUAGUAAUAUUUUCUUCCUUGCCCCAAA